AUGGAUGGACCUGAGUUUCUUUAUCAAGAUCUCUCUUAUUGGCCGGCAGAACCAUCCGAUAUAUUCAACAAAAGUAAAACUGACGAAAUAUCAAAUCUUAGCGUGGUCGUAAAUGUAAACCCUACGAAAUUCAGCACAGAAAAUAGUGAAGUAAAAGAAGCUCUUGAAACCAACAGCUUGAAUAUGCGUAAUGCUCACAAACGAACUCUACAUGCAGGUGUAAAAGAAACUCUCUGCCAAAUAAGGUCAAAAUACUGGAUCCUACGAGGUCGUAAGCUUGUACGCUCAUUGAUAAACAAAUGUUCAUUCUGUAAAAGGUCGUAUGGGAAGGCUUUUACAUCUAAAGUGUCACCACCGUUGCCUCACUAUCGUGUCACUGCAAGUUUUCCUUUCCAGCAUACUGGAGUUGAUUAUUUAGGACCAUUGCACGUUAAACCGAUAUUCGAUGAUAAUUCUACUAAAAUGUAUCCCGUGCACAAUGAAGAAGUUAAAUUAAGCGAGGAGCUUUUGUUGUUGGGAAUCGAUUGGAAAUAUAUUAUUGAAGCUGCUCCUUGGUGGGGUUGUUUUUGGGAACGUCUAGUGCAAUCGGUCAAAAAAUCGCUACUCAAGGUUGUGUUUAGAAGUAGCAUCAGAUAUGACGAGCUAGAAACAAUUCUUUGUGAAAUAGAGGGUCUUCUCAACUCAAGACCAAUAACAUACGCUUACCAUGAAGACACUGAGGAAGUUUUUACCCCUUCCCAUUUGAUGCAUGGUCGAAGACUUAUUUCACCUAACGAAACUAAAGGGGCAGAUCUUGACAAGCUUGAAAGUAAGAUUCAGUUAACUAAACGAAUGAAAUAUUUAAAACUGAUACGUGAUCAUUUUUGGGUAAGAUUUACAAGUGAAUAUCUAGUUAAUCUUAGAGAAUUCCACAAGCAGGGAUCCAGUAAGAGUCGAUCGAUUGAACUGGGAGAAAUUGUUGUUAUUCACUCUGAUAUUAAAAGGUACAAAUGGCGAUUAGGAAAAGUAGUGUCACUCAUUACGGGAAGCGAUAACAUAGUUCGUUCUGCAAUAGUAAAAGUCUUAACAGAUAAAACAAUCAAACAAAAUUAUAUUAAGCGUCCUAUCGAAAAGCUAUACCCUAUAGAAGUCAAGUCAGUCGAAACAGUAACUGAUACAGAGCUAAACGCCAGCAACGAUGCUGUAGAUGAAAGUAACGAUUUUUCUGAUACGAAAUACGAAAGACCUGUACGAAUAGCAUCAAGAAACGGAAUACUAAUAAGACGCCUAAUGGGACAAUUUUAA